AUGUGUAACGAACAGUGUUAUGCAUUGGCCGUGGAGAAGUUACUCAAUAUUGAAGUACCUCCCCGUGCAAAGUACAUACGAACUCUUUAUGCUGAAAUAACUAGAAUAUUGAAUCACUGUUUAGCUGUUGGUUCCACUGUUCUGGAUAUUGGAGCUAUAACUCCAAUCUUCUGGUUGUUUGAAGAACGUGAAAAAAUGUUUGAAUUCUAUGAACGUGUGUCUGGUGCUCGUAUGCACGCUGCUUAUAUUCGUCCAGGAGGUGUUUAUUUAGAUAUGCCACUGGGACUGAUGGAUGAUAUUUAUCAGUUCAUACAAAAAUUCCCCCAGCGGUUGGAUGAAGUAAGUUGUAUGCCAUCUUGAUUUGACCUAUUAUUCACUCCUAUUUCAUUCGUUCCUUUUGUUCUUGGCUUUACUUAUCUGUUCUAAAGUUAGACACCUGUUACUCGAUAUAAUUUUGGUGCUGCAGGUAAGGGUUUCAAAAUUAUGAGUAGACUAUAUUCAUGCGACUUUUUGACGGAAAUAUUGAAUGUAACCUUCCUCAGGCAGAUGUCGCUUGGGCUUUGUGGUUGUAUGUUCGUGUAGGUUCGUUCAUCGAUAACAAGAUUAUUUUUAAGACAUAACAAGAUGAUCUUCCGCGAUAUUGGCUUUCUAAAACCGUCAGUUUCCGUCUAAGUUCAGCUAACUUCAAGUCCCCCACUGCUUGAAUAAUCUCACCUGUCUAGUAUGAUGAAUUUGUACAUUCCACUUGUAGAAUAUCAGUGGUCUUAUUACCGAGCGUUUUCUAUCGACUCCAAAAACAGGAAAUACGAUAUUCGGUUUCAUUCUGGUCAGUAAGUUAUAUUCAUUGUCCUUUUGAAUGUUCCUGUAAAAACCAGUACGUAUUCAUCUAUAGUUGUGUGGAGAUUUUGCGUAUUUACUGACUUAAUACACUGCUGAUUGGGUAAAAAGUUAACUAUUGGAAAUUGUUCGG